AUGGCGAUCACGAAACAGGCUUUGAAGCUUCGGACGGUGAUUCAGUUCGUUCGCAUCCAUCAAUCCUCCUCCGACUGGCGCACCAUCCUCUACCUCACCAUCGACCACGCCCCACCCCCCACUCACCCACACGUCUUCAAAUACACAAACGGCGACACCUCCACCCUCCCCUUCUCCUACACGCUCUCCUCCCUCCCCGCCCUCCUGCGCGACGGCGACUCUGCCCUUUCCAAAAUCUACACCAUCCCCCCCACCAACACCACCCCCCUUCCCUCCCUGCCCAUCAACCUCCCCUCCAUGGCGAACUACCUCCUCAGCGCGCUGGACGAUGCGAGACGCAGUCUGGGCGACAGUUCGAGCGGGCUGAGGAAGCUGGCGAAGAUGGUCGAGGGGUGUUAUCCGCAGGAUAGGAUGAAUGGGGUGGUGAGCAGUGUGGAGGGCGCGGAGGGGAGCGAGAGGGCGGGUGGGAGGGGGGUUGGAGGGUAUUUUGGGGUUAGGAAGUUGUUUGGGAGGAAGGGGAAUAAGGCCGGGUAUAGGAGUGGGAAUGCGGAUGUUUAUGAUUUGGUGACGCCGUUUUUGCCGGAUGCGGAGUAUGGCUAG